AUGCUUGGAAGACUUUUGGAAAACUUUAUUAACCAGCAGAGUCCUCCAGCACAACGAGCAGGUGUUUUUUACAAUGCAUACUCAAUGCUGUUUUCAUCAAAGGAUCAUCUUAUCAAAUCAUCUCCACUGGCUGAAAAAAGUAUUUUGCUAUUGAUGACAAUUGCCGGGCAGGGUGCCUGUGGGCAUGAAAAUGAUUUCCGCAAGGCGUUUGCAGCUUUGGAAGAUUCUAGCUCAAGAUCGCAGUCUCCAUCAACCAUUUUGUCUGAAAUGUCCACCAAUCCUAUGCAAAUGCCUUUCAAAAGCAUUUAUCACUCAAUAAUCAAAACAGAUCCAGAUGUACUGAUGCUUCCCCUACUGCAUUUGAUCUACGAGGCAGUUGAAAAAAAGACCAACUAUUCACAGUUGUAUAUUUUGUUGACAAUUCUGCUCAUUCUGUCUCAAGACGACGUGCAUAAUGAAAACAGUCAUAAAGUGACUAUAUCUCCGCCUGCAUGGUUUACUGAACGCAUCAUCAGAUUUGUGACACUGGGCGAUUUAGUAAUGCUCAUUCUAAUACGAGUUAUUCAAGCAAAUAUAUCGCGACACAGGGACAUUUAUUUCCAUACGACUUCUUUGGCCAUUCUAGCCAAUAUGUCGUCCACCAUAAUUGGUAUGCAUUCGGUGGUUGCACAGCGACUUGUCAAUCUGUAUGAGUUGAUUUCUAAAAAAUACUCCAAAUUAUCCAAACAAGCUGAAAUGACUGAAAGCUCGCCAACACUUUCUUUGGACAAGCCCAACCAUGAUGGUGUGAAUACUGAACAUGAUGUAACUCAGGAAAUGGAAUUAGCAGUAUACAGUGAUCUGAUUGCACUGCUUUUGGAAAUUAUCAAUUCGGUGCUGACCCAUACACUCAAAAGCAAUCAGCAAUUAGUGUAUGCUUUACUACAUCGUCGUGCCAUGUUUUCACAAUUCAGAUUGCAUGCACGGUUUUCCGAAUUGAUUCAAAAUAUUGACACUGUGAUUGCACAUUUUCAUGGCAGAUUGAUUGAAGCUGAUUUGCGUACUCCUUCAGUGGAUGAUAUUUUAAAGCUGAUUGAUGAAACUGGGUUACGGUGGGCACCUGGCAAUUUAAAAGAAUUCCCCGAUGUCAAAUUCCAAUACGAAGAGGAAACGGAGUAUCAAAAGUUUUUUGUGCCCUAUAUAUGGAGUCUAGUGUAUCAACAUGCUCAUAUUUACUGGAACCCCACCAAAGCAGUGCUAUUGUAUUUACUGGAUCCCGAUUUCCAAAUCAGUCAUUUCACCGGCUCACUCUAA